AUGAGGCCCCAAUCAGCCCUUCUAGCCAUCGGCUUUGCUGCCAUAGUAAGCGGGCAGACUCCAGGCUCAGAUGGACAGAUCACCGUCGCCACUGCAACAUGCACUGCUAUUGGUACACAGACAUACGCAGUGACCGAUGCCCAAGGUAUCCUCUAUCGGUACCAAUGUGGUGCCGGAACAUUUGGAGCUCAAUUUAGUGCGGUUCCAUCAUCCUCCGUUGGUAACUGGACCGCCUGCUUCGCUUUCUGCGACAACGCUCCUGGUUGUAGUGGGUUUACCUAUGUCAACGGAGCUCCGAACGGUAAUGGGCCUGGUGGUUGCAAUUUGAAAUCCGGUACUGCUCAAUCAUUGAACAGCGAUGGUCUUGUAUCAACUCGAAUUGGUGCAAUCAUGGCCCGGUAUGGUCCUAAGCCCGCGCCAACCAAUUCUUGCCCGGCACAAAAUCUCCAGACUGUCACCGACUUCAAUGGUGUGAACUAUGUGAUUGCUUGCGGAAACGAUACGAAUGGAGUCGGAGUUACUGCGCUGCAAGCCAACUACGGC